CAGUCGUAUUAUUCAUAGGGUUGGAGGUGGUUGGUUGUUUGUGGACCGGUCACAUUUUGCUUGCCAAGAAGAAGACGUUGGAUUACGGUACACGGUCCGUUGACUUGACUAACUGGCUGCUGCUGCAUUGAGAUUUGAGACGAAGAGUGCAGCACAGCAAUGUAAUUAUAAUUGUGUGUGUGUGUGUGUUAUGUUAUUGUGAAAAUUAUUGUGUGGUGUGAUUUUUUUUGCUUACGUGAAUUUUCUGUUUGAGGAAGGAAAAGUGUUAAAAAUUGGAAAAAUGGGAAUUGUGAAAUUGGAUGAGAAUGGAUUGCAUGGAGAAUUAAAUAAUUAAGUGCUCAGUACAUAAAACCUGAAUAAAUGGAUGAUAACAUCGAAACUACUCAAAAAAUUGUUAAACUGUGACAAAAAUGUAGAAAAUAAUCGACUCGAUUUGAAGAACGGAGGAAGAAAUCUAGUCAAUUUUUUAAAAGAAGAUUAAUUAACAUGUGAAAAUUUGCAGUGCAGUUAACAAAGUAACAAGUUUUUAAACUAUUUUGUGUAAAAAAAGUGCACGGAAAGAUGGGAUUACAAAAAUCUGAGAAGAAAAGUUUACUGCCAAAAAUGCAGCCAAAAAUGUCGAUUGGGUAUCUGCACAUUUUAAUCAGCACGAUCAUCAUCUUAAUUACAGUGAGAAAAUGCGAAGCAAAUUUGCCUCCCUAUUUCACCGAAGAUAUGAACAAUCAUGUGAUUCCGGAGAACACGCCGUUGGGGACGAUCGUCUACACGUUGAAGGGGGUUGACCCCGAGGGAUCUCCGGUCAAGUUCGGUCUCAUGGGGACAGAUCGGUUAAAAGUGGAUGAAAAAACUGGGGUGGUCACCGUGGUCAAAGUGAUAGAUCGUGAGACUACGGACCGCUUAAAACUAGUCGUGACGAUAGAAGACGUGGUGAAAGAGGGCGUCGAAAAUAAUAACGUUGUCCGAAUUCCAUCUUCCGUCACCAUUUCCGAUUCGAAUGAUAAUGCUCCCACAUUUCUUAACCAGAGUAUUUACGAAAACGUCGAAGUCAUGGAAGAUACGAGAGUCGGGUCUAAAAUUCUCGGCGUGGACGUUGUCGAUCCCGACCUGACCGGGAUGGCGUUAUCCCUCACGUGCACCGCGUCACCUCAGUCUCCCGAAGCUUGUACCAUAUUCCCCGUGGUGGUGCAGGAAACAACGGCUGGUCUUCUGAAGGGGGAGGUUCGCCUCGGUCAAGCCUUGGACUUUAAUAAGCGAUCCCUCUACCAGUUCAAGUUGACGGCAUCGGAUGGCGAACACAAAAGCAGUGUCGAAAUCCUGUUGAGAAUUCGUGACGUGCAAAACACUCCGCCAAUUUUUACCGGUGCGAUGGCAGGUCGCGUCAUGGAGGACGCGGAUGUCGGAACGCUGGUCAUGCUGAUCCAGGCGAGAGACGGAGACCUCGGGAAACCCAGAGACGUUCGGCUGAGUUUGUUGACAAAUCCUGGAGAAGUGUUCCAACUUGACCCGAAAUCAGGCCGACUAACAACAACGCGUCCCCUGGACCGUGAAACGUUGGGGAGUCUGCUCACCCUGGAAGUUAAAGCGAUGGAGCUUCCUCAUCCGGGAGAACUGACCCUCUCGACGCAGGCGGACAUCGAUAUUCUCACCACGACUAAAAACGUGACCGUUUUGAUUGACGAUGUGAACGAUUCCGAGCCAAAGUUCAACAAGAAAGAGUAUUUCACCGAGAUUGGGGAAAACACUGGCGUGGGGACACCACUUCCGGAUUUGGGCAUGGUCAUUUCGGAUGCAGACACGGGGACCUUCAGCGAUUUUACGCUCAGAAUUGAGGGCCCGUUAGCAGAUUUGUUUGAUAUCCAGCCAAAAUUUGCGAGUGGAAGUGUCCAACCGGUUAUUCGGGUUAAGAAAGCGUUUGAUCAUGAGAAUCCGAACGAGAGAAAGUUCAUUUUGCUGGUCGUCGCUCAAAAUACGGACGAACCAGAACUCUUUUCCACUGCCACCGUAACGAUUGUUACGCUUGAUGAGAAUGAUAAUCGACCAAAGUUCGAUCGGGACGUGUACCAAAUCAGCAUCCCAGAGUCGACCAAACCUGGUACCAAAAUUGGCGAAAUUACGGCGGAAGAUCCAGACUCGAAUGAAUUUGGGAAUGAGGGACUCAUCUAUCAAAUCAUAGGGACUGGGAGUAAGAGAUUCACCGUGAACAACCGAACCGGAGAAAUCUACGUGGCUCCCUGUUCCCCCAAGGAAGACUCGCUCCCUUGCCUGGAUUACGAGACUCAAAAGACGUACGAUCUCCUCUACAUGGCGAGUGACACUUUCAAACGGGACGGUUUUAUUAAGAGCGUCGUCCCCCUUCAAAUCAUCCUCACGGACUCGAACGAUUCUCCCGUCACGUUUCCAGAGCCGAAAUAUGGACGAACUCUGCCAGAAAAUUCGGCCCAAUUUGAACCUCCCUUCUACAUCGUGGCGUCCGACUUGGACGCCUUGUCCGUCAUCACGUACCAAAUCCUGGCCCCGAAAAACUCCAGUAUCCACACGUACUUCAGGAUGGAUGAGAAUUCUGGGGAACUCGCGAUCCGAAGGGGACUCCUUCCACCGGCGAACUACUCGUUCAAAGUGGAAGCGUCGGAUGGACUGCAUUCUGCCGUAGUUCCGGUACUUGUGCAGGUGACCGAUAUCAACAAUCACGCCCCCUCAUUCAGCCAAACCACGCUGGACGGAAGGGUACUCACCAUCCCGGAAAAUACCACCGUGGGCUCACUAAUCGUCGCAGUGAAAGCGCUGGAUCCCGACCUUCGUGAGAACGGCGUCGUCCGCUAUUCGAUCGACAAGGGAGCCUACGGAUACUUUGAGAUAGACCCGGUCAAGGGAGAUAUUACGUUAGUGAAAGAGUUGGAUGACGACGCCGUGUCGAACUUUGACCUCCUCGUGACCGCUUAUGAUCAAGGAAGCCCCUCAAUGAGGACGAGCAUCAGCGUUCAAAUCAGCGUGGGUGACGUGUACCAUAAACUGCCCAAGAUGACGCCAGGCGUUCAGAGGAUUCAGGUUUCUGAGAGUGCGGAAAUUGGGGAGGAAGUCACCGUGAUAGGGACGAAUGCAAAGGACUUGAAUUUAGGGGAUCGGUUGCAGUUCGAUUUUGUGGACCCGAUCGAAGCAAGAAAUUCGGAUAAUCAAGCCAUAACGGGGGCAGGGUUGGAAAUGGUUCGGGAAUGGUUUCGUAUCGAUAACGAUGGGAAAGUCAGAGUAGCCAACGCCCUGCAAAGAGACCUCGUUACCGCGAUGAAUUUGACAGUAAUGAUCACAUCGGAGUGGGCAAAACCUGGUUCAAAAAAUUUGGGGAGUUUGAUGAUAACCGUGUUCGAGGUGAACGAUAAGCCCCCCACUGUGGAAGAUAUGGAAAUUGAAAUCCUCGAAGAACUUCCCCCUGGUCAAGCCAUACUCACCUUGGAAGCCGAAGAUCCCGAGGGCGGCCAAAUUUCGCACUAUUUUAUAGAAAAAGGAUCCGAGUAUUUUAGCGUUGACAAUAAAACCGGCGAAGUGAAAGUGGCCGGACGACUAGACUAUGAACACCAACCCAGCUACAAUGUGACCGUGGUCGUGGUGGACAGCGGGGUCCCGCAGCUAUCCUCCACCGCCACGAUUAUGGUGUCGUUAGUUAAUGAUAACGAUAACGAUCCCAAAUUCGAUAAGACCGAGUACGAAGCCUCCCUUGAAGAACACCCCACACCAGGAAAAGUGGUCGCUCAAGUCACCGCGACCGAUUUGGAUGUCGACUCGACAAUUAACUACGAAAUUGUGCCAUCCGAAUAUUCUCCCGCAUUCGAGAUCAACCGUUUAGGCGAAGUGUCCAUCUCUUCUGAAGGAAGAGCGCUUAUCGAUCGCGAAACGAUGGAGCAUCACUCCCACAUCAGUCUCAGCAUCAAAGCCAGCGACGGAGAGCGCGUGGCUUAUACCACGUUGCGAAUUCGAGUUCUUGACAUUAACGAUAAUCGGCCAACCUUCCCCCAGAAGAGUUACCACAUCACGGUCCACGCUCCACUCCGGGCGAAACAGGACAUUCUCCGCGUCGCAGCGUCACACGGGGCGGACUUACCGGAAACGGACCGAAUGCACUACUCCAUUCUGGAGGAAGGCAAUGAAAACGGAAUUUUUGAGAUUGACGCUGAAACCGGAGUCCUUCGAGCAGCUCAGGCGUACGAAAAAGCGGGCGAGAUGAGCUUAUCGAUACAAGUGGAUGACGUUGGUGGGGACAAAGAGCUUAUGGGGGAUCAUACCGAUAAGACGACCGUUUUGGUGCAGAUAUUACCAGGAAAUUUUAAAAAGCCAGAGUUCCUCUUUCCAAAUAAGAUUAAUUCGACUCUGGUGGCGGAUGAGUCAAACGUCGAAGAAAUCGAGAAAUUCGCAAACUCCGCCUUUACCAAAGUUCUCGGACAAAUUCUUGCCUUCGACCCGGACGAGGGGGAUGCUGGAAAAAUGCAGUUCUUUUUCAAAGAAGGCGACAAUCUCGUCACAGAGACGGAACGGUUCCGAAUUGAGACUGAGACUGGAAAAGUCCACCAGAUUCGACCCCUCGAUCGCGAAGAGAUGAAUAAAUAUGACCUCGUCGUGGUCGCAAAAGAUUCCGGAAUUCCCGUCUCAACUCAAGCCCAGCACGUCCUCACCAUAAAAAUUUCAGAUAUUGACGACCAUAAACCAUAUUUCCGGCGUCGUGAGUACGAUUUUACGAUCAAAGAGAACUCUCCAGAAAGUACGUUCAUCGGCCAAGUCUCCGCUGAGGACGAGGACGAGGGAAAAAACGCCCAGAUUUUCUACUUCCUCGUGACCACUGCAGCCACCAAGCAUUUGAAGGAGGACAUCAGAGUGGACAUCAAAACGGGGAUGAUUCACAGCAACGCCGUCCUCGACAGGGAGCGGAUAGAUUCCUACCAGUUGUACGUGAGGGCGGUGUCGUCACCCAUUUUUAAUAAAUCAAUGGAGCUGAUGGACUAUCAAGAAUUUUUGGAUGAUUUUUCCCUUGCAGCAAUCAAUAUCACAGUUUUAGAUGAAAAUGAUAACAGUCCCCGUUUCGUCGAAAAACAAUAUUACGCCGCCAUAAACUCGGAGGCAGAACCUGGUCGUGAAAUCAUGACUUUAAAAUCGAUCGACAUCGAUUCUCCCCUCACCUCCCCCGUUUCCUAUUCCCUGCUCGGGGCAAACCUUAUUCUCGACGACUUCCGGUCUGGAGGGUCCGUCAUUCCAUCCCCGUUUAGGGUCGAUGCCAUUUCAGGAAGACUCACCCUAUCACAAUCCGCCAUGCGACAAUAUUCCGGCGGAAAUAAUAGAUUCCAGGUCAAGAUCGGGGUACGAGAAAGUGUCGCCCCGUAUCACUCUGACACAACCCAGGUGCAAGUUUGGGUCGUCGAGUCGGCGCAGGAAACCAUUCUGACGGUUGAAUCACCACCAAAGUCGCUUAUCAAAGAAGGCCUUAUCGACGUAUUGACGAACAUUACCGGAAAUUAUGUCCUCAUAACGAAAAUAUCACCCCACGUGGGAGAAGACCUCGUCGUUAAUAAGGAAUGGAGCGACGUAUUUGUGACAGCCAUCGAUAAAACUACCUUCCAGCCUGUCCCGGUUUCCCAGUUUUUGCAAGCCUUAGACCUCGGGCAUGACCACCUUCGCACUGCCGAUAUGCCAAUCGUCCUCCAUUCUGCGGUCCCCGCGGUCUCCUCCGUCGACGGAGAUGGGAACGAAUACUAUUUCAACGGAGGGGACGCCUUUGACGCGGCGUUUGCCGGAUUGAUUGCGCUCAUCGCCCUUUUGUGCAUGGGCCUCGCCGCCAUUAUCGCGUGCUGCUGCUGUAUCAAUCGGAUGUAUGAGAAAGACACGGACUCUGAAAAGCAGACGAUCUACGGACCCAUGAGCAAGUACCCCUUGCACGUGAGCCACCCCUCGAUUCCCGGCACGCCAAAUAUGACCAUGACUGGACGCCAUCACAACGCAUCGAACGUGGGAGGUGGCGACAUGAUUGAAGACAUGGCGACGGAUAACCCUCUCUGGAUUGAUCAUAAAGUGAAGACUUACGAAGAGCAAGAGCUGACUAUGCAAGUCGCCUCAGAGUUGGACCACUCCAACGGAAGUGUUGACAUCGGGGUGGACGAUGACGAUGAGGAAGUCAACUACAUCGAGGAGGAGGACGAAGAUGGUGAGGAAGGUGACAAUAAUGUCGUCACUUCGAUUCAUCAUCAUAAUCACCACCUUAAUAAACGACAGAGGAAUCAGUCCCCACAAUUUUCGCACGCUUACGCCACCCUCCACCCCCAACCGAGAGGGAUGGGACAGGCAGAUAACUAUGAUAAUAUUAACAUUUUAGGCGAAGAUACAAUAGCGGUGCAUCUAUAGUGAUAAGGUGUAAGUAAGAUAUGUGUGUACUGGGCUUAUGUAAAGUGACGACUUAAUAUGUAAUUUAUGUAUGUAUACUACUUUGGUAACUUGCGCCAUAGUUCAACCAUGGCGCAAGUUACGAAAGGAGGCGAUAGUUAUAAUUCUUUAUAUUUAACUAUUGAAAGACUUGACUAAUUUUUAAGAGGGAUUGCAUGGCUUGUUUUUUCGUACUCUUUUUGGUUUUGGGGUUUGAAUUUGUUGUUAAUUUAUUUUGUUUUGGAGAAAGGAAUUCGUAUUUUUGGGGGAUAAGGUUGGAAUUUUUACUAAAUUACAAGUUAACCCACUAUUUCUGCUGACUAAAAGUUGAACUAUGUAAAUUGUUAUUUUUUUAGUAAAAAAUCGUGUGGGUGCGAUCAUGACGAAAAUUUCUAAUGUUUCAAUUAGUGGGAUGAUUUAUAACAGUUAGAUAAAUAAGUACUGUUUAAUUAACAGUAGAUAUUUUUGUGUCAUUUUAGCGUGCAAUGUACAAUUAACAGCUUUAUUAUGUAUUAUUUAAUUGAGAUUAAGCAUUGCUUAUCAUAUAUAUGUAUAUACAUGUUAUGUAUGAUUUGUAUUGUGUGUGAUGCUUAUUAAUUGAGUUUCAUAAAUUAUUGAAUAAUUUAUUUUUUGGGACAGAGGUAACCGAAAGUGCCAAAUAAAUGAGUGUUGAAAUCUUCACAAGUAAUAAUUUGAA